AUGCCGUGUGAUCCGCAUUCGCCGUUCUUAAGUAGCCGCAAUCCGAGGGGGGCACGCCGCGAAGAAUCCCUCUACGCUGCGAUGCGCGGCGUUGGCCUGAGACGAGCCAGCAGCGCUUCAUCCGUUACGGUGGCGCCGGCGCUGCUGCUCCUGCGCUUGCCACUCGCGACUGGCGACUUCGACGCGUUCCGCGUGGCCCUGGUGUGCGGGGGCAAUGGCCGCGGUAGCAUCAGCCUGGCCCUCGGUAUUGCGGCGCUCAUGAUCUUGGCACAUGUGCGCGGCGCCGCGACGACGCUCCCAGAGUACCAACCCACUCUCGCCCUCACCCUCUUUCCGCUCACUCCUUCCCCUUUCCCUUUCCCCCAUCCACAUGUACAGCUCGUGUGUAGGGGAGGGCGCGUGUCACGUGGGGCGUACAAGCUGUCAGCCCAUUUCGCACUCCCCUCCACACGACAUGGGAAGAGGAGGGUGUACUCCUCUUCCCCUAUCCCCCCCAUCCCCCCUUCCCUUCAUCCUCCCAUCCCCAUGUGCAGCACGUGUGGCAGCAGCGCGUGCGUGGCAUACAAGCUGACAGUCACAACGCCCAAGGACACGCCGCCCUCAACCUCACACUCACGCUCUCCUUCUUACCCUCUUUUGCCCAUUCUCUCUCCCGGGCCUCCCCCAUGUGCAUGCAGCACGUGUGGCAGCAGUGCGUGUGUGGCAUACAAGCUGACAGUCACCACGCCCAAGGACACACCUCCCUCGCAGCUCUCCCUCCUCGCGCCCACCAACAGCAGCGCCACCAGCGGGGGGGAUGCAGCGGCAGCCUCCCCGUGUGUGCAGGGCACGUUCUCCCCUCCUCCUGACCCCCCUACUUCCCCUCCUCCUGACCCCCCUACUUCCCCUCCUCCUGACCCCCCUACUUCCCCUCCUCCUGAUCCCCCUGCUGGGAAUGGCAAUGGCAACGGCAAUGGUCCUUCCUCCUCUCCUCCUCCCGUUUCCGCUCCCCCGUCCUCCUCCCCUCCCCUGCCUCCCUCCUCCCCACCUCCCUCCUCCGCUCCUCCCUCCGCCCCACCUCCCUCCUCCCCAGCUCUCGAGCCGAGCCCAGCAUCACUGGCAGCAGCACUGGCGUCCCUACGCACUGCGGGGGACAACGGAGGCUGUGUGGGGGGAGGGGCGAGUGGGGAGGGUGGAACUGGGUCUGGCGGGGGUGUGGCGCAAUCCUGGCCGUUGAUCGCGAUGGAGUAUGACGAGAUGCCGAGCAGUCCAGGUGGCGCGCAGGGAUUGGCUGUCGGGGAGUUUGCCAAGAGCACAAUCACUGCCUUUGACCAUGCAUCAGCACCGUUGCCAGUAGUGACAUCCCCCCAAUUCGCCACCAACCUCACAGACCCCAUGCCGGGAGGGGCUCACAUCAGAGUCGAUAAGCUCACAGCCAGCUUCUACCGCAUCUCCUAUACAGUCAUCCUCGUGGCACCGGAUAACAGCCCCCAGUCUGCUGCCCUGCUGCUCUCCGCGUCUGGAGGAAGCAAGAAGCUGAACAGUGCAAUCACGAGCAGCAACACCAAUGGGAAUGAGGUAUCUGUUAACCGCUCGGAUAAAGAGCUCACUGCGUUUGUAGAGUAUGCGCAAUCAGGGCAGAAAGGGGCUAAUGACGAGUUCUCCUUACAGGUGACCUCGAUAGGUGCAUUAAGCACAAGUGAGGCAACACUGCUGUGGAUGAGUAGGGUGAUGUAA